UUUUCAGAGAGAUAUAAACUUUGAUUUUAAAACAAAUGUCAAGAAAUGCAAACUGAGGCUAAUGAUGAUAUUACUAAGGCCAGCCCUCAAAUAUUAUGUCUUAUGUGCAAAGCACCUAGAAAAGGAGAUGAAAGGCUCUUCAUGUUUGGGGGAAACAGACCAUUUAUGGCCAAGUUUGAAGCUAAACUAGUUGCCUUUAUUGGUAAAGAGAGGCUGUCAUCUCUUCAAGAUAAGUAUAAGACAAAACAGGGCAGGAGUUACAUUUGUAAACAUUGUUACCGUGUGGUUAAUAAGACAUUUGAUAACAUCAGAAAAAUUCAAAAGUGUGUUGCAGUCUCUGUCAAUCGUUGUACUUUUCAAAAGGAAAAAAGCAGCAACAAGGACUUGGAAUACUCAGAUUCAGAACAGGAAAAAGAUUUACAUGGUAAGUAAAGACAAGAAACCUAUAGCUUAUAAGCAACAGUGUAUAAAGUCAUUAUUAUAUAAUCUAAUGGAUAUUUUAUUAUAUAAGCAUUAAUAAGCUGCAGUAAUAAUAAAUAACUGGCCUGAUGCAUCAUUGUUAUGAAAUUUAUUGUAAAUGAAUAAUUAUUAAAGUGAAUGCUAAUUCUUUCAAACUAUUUAAAUUUCCAGUAUGCUCUCGCAAGAAGAAAUUGCCUCCAGUUGCAGAAAGGAGAGCUGAAAAAAUUGCAUCUCUCCAUAUAGUAAAAAUUAACUAUAAAAUUCCGAAAAUCCUCAUAAGACCAAUAGAAUUUAAAUUGGCUAAACCACAUAUUUUAUGCCAAGAACAAUGUAUCUCACCACAGACUCUAGAGUGUCACAAAAGUCCAGAGAAUUUUCAAACAGGUAUUAUAAAUCUCAACAAUCUAUCCAACCAUGUCAGAUGUAUCUCAGAAAAAAGACAAAAUUGUUCAAAUGACAAAGAGACUGAUCUUCAGGAUUUACAUUUUUUAGGCCAGAUGCAAUCACCCCUAGUUAACUCCAACAAAAGAAUUUCAGUGAUCCCAGAAACAGGAUCAAAGACCAACAUUGAUAAUAAAAUGAUUGGUGAUUUACCCGACAGUGAGUCAAAGAAAAUUUUAAGUGAGGACAAUACUACAGUUUCAAUACUACAGUCACCAAAAUCAACAGAACUCUCUAUAAUCCUGGCGAAUCCUCUACUCAUGGUAAAAUCACCACUUGUAAGUUAUAAUAUGUUACUUUAAUACAAAUUUAAUCUUUGAAAUGAUUGUUUAAAUAUGUGCUGACAAUAAUUGCUAAAUUCCUUUAAAAAUUUAUAUCUUAUAUUGUAUUCAUAAUUACCAGUGGUUAUUUUCUUAUUGAAAAAGUUCUAAAUUUGACAUAUUAAAAUUUAGAUAUUCACAUUAUUUGUCAAUUUGUUUUUGUUUUCAGCCAAUCAAAUUAGCAGAUGUUAAGGAUGAUAAUGUAUAUAUCUGCGGUCAAUCUGGAUGUGACUGGAUCUUCACCUCUAAAUUUUUUUGGGAAAAUCAUAUCAGGCAUUACCACUACUGUAAAUAUCUAUUUUUAAGAUAUGAGGUUUUGUUGUUCAAACCAUUUGGUGAAUCAAUGUGUGUUCAGAUUAGCUGUUUGAUUCUUGAGUGUAUGUUUGCAUUUGGAACAGAGCCUGGGCUUUUUGUUCAGAGUUCCUGUUUUUUUUUCCCCAAGAUCAUAGAUAAUCCUGUCUGUAGCGACUUAUUUUUUUUUUUGUAUCUUUGAUCCCGCCAUCAAGAUGGCGAAGAAAAUGGCAGAUCCUCUGAUUCCAAGAUGGCAUAUGUAAAUUUGGUGGAAGCCUAUGACAUCCAAAAAUUUUAUUUAACUGCAAUUGUUACAGGAAAACACAAGCUUAUAUAUCCAAACCACAUUUUACCCAUUUACCACUAUUUGAUUCCAAAGAAGACAUUAAAAACUUCAAAAACUAAUUCAAAAGCUAAAAAAAUAAGCACAGAUGCAAUCAAGUCACCUGUGGUGCGUUUCCCCUGAAUUUGCUUAUUUCCAGUUUUUUUUAUACCCAUUGAGAUUAUCAAAAUAUUUUAAUGGUUUAAAUUGCCUUGAGAUAUUUAAGAAUGCAUAUUGCCUGCCGCAUAUUACUGUCUCUGUCUACCGAAGUGAUUAACAUUCCAUAGCAUGGAGUGAAAAUAAAAAAUAACAAUAUUAUUAAUAAAAACUCUUAGUGACAGUAAACUUUUGUAAAAUUCGACAAUCGGUUGCUUAGUAAACCAUGUGUGAUAUUUCUCUCUUUUCAUUUCUCAGAUGGUAAGCCUCACAAGUGUCCUUUUAAAGACUGUAAUAAAUACUUUCCCACCCAGAGUAAAUGGAAGCAACACAUUAGAAAGCACACUGGUGAACGCCCUUUUAUUUGUGAAGAAUGUGGAAAAUCAUUUAGGGGUUCUCAAGAGUUAAGACACCAUCGGGGAACACACACGGGUAAGCUCCAACACCAAUAGUAUUGCACUCUUUUAUGUGAACAGACUGAAUUCACUAUUUUAUAAUGUCUUUUUUUUCCCAUUCAAGUCAUAUUUUUUAUUUUCACUCCAUGCUAUGGAAUGUUAAUCACUUGGGUAGACAACCAUGCCAACAAAAAAAUGGCAACAGAUUCACAAUCGAGGCGAAGAAAGCGGGGUAGAAGGGGAUGCAUUCGUGUAAAAUGCAGAAACAGAGGACAGCAGGGCUUUCUUCCACCAGUUGUUUUGGGAAAUGUUAGGUUACUAUGUAACAAGAUGGAUGAACUGGAUUGUUUCUGUAAGCAUUUCUAUCAAUUUCGCGAAAGCUCUUUAAUAUGCCAGACAGAAACAUGGCUUAAUGAAACAGUACCUGAUUCAGCAGUGGCAUUGGAUGAAUUUAACCUUUUCCAUGCCGAUAGAACAACCGACAAUGGCAAAUCCAAGGGAGGAGGAUUGGCAAUAUAUAUUAACAAAAACUACUGUAGCAUCAACAACAGUACAGUGAAACAUGAAGUUUGUACACCCGACAUAGAACUACUCUGCAUCACUUUAAGGCCAUUUUACCUACCUAGGGAGUUCACCCAAAUCUGUAUCAUCCUCGCUUACAUUCCACCUAAUGCUAACAAGGAGCAGGCUACGGAGAGACUGUUGGAUGUAAUCCGUUAUUUUGAAACAAAAAACCCAGACUCUGUUCUUCUUGUUAUGGGGGACUUUAAUCAACUAUCACUGAAUAAAUCCAUGCCUACAUACACACAGUACCUUACUUGCCCCAUGUGACAAGACCGAACUCUUGACAUGUGUUAUGGUAAUAUAAAAAAGGCAUACACAUGUCGUGCUUUAUUUCCUCUAGGACAGUGUUCUCAACCUUCCUAAUGCCGUGACCCUUAAUAGAGCUCCUAAUAAUGUGGUGACCCCCAGCCACAAAUUAUUUUCGUUUCUACUUCAUAACUGUAGAGCAUAUGUGCUUUCAGUUGGUCUUAGGCGACCCCUGGAAAGGGUUGUGCGACCCCGCAAAGGGGUCGCGACCCACAGGUUGAGAACCGCUGCUCUAGGAGAAUCUGACCAUACAAUGGUCCGCCUAACGCCACGCUAUAAGCCAGUUUUAAAAACAACAAAAAUUCAGACAAAAACUAUUGAACUGUGGUCAGAUGAGGCAACAGAAAAUCUUCAAGCCUGCUUGGAAUGUACAGACUGGGACACAUUUAUAAAACUUACCCAGACAUUGACGAGCUAACAAACACAGUCAAUUCCUACAUUAAGAUCUGCGUAGACGAAAUUAUUCCCCAAAAAACCAUCCGAGUAUUCAACAACAACAAACCCUGGAUGAGCAGAGAAAUAAAGGAGGCCAUACACCACAAGAAGAACAUGUUUAAGAUUAACGAUCAGGAAUUCAUUAGAGCUAAAAAAAAAUAUUGAAAGAAAAAAUUCAUCAGGGUAAAAAACAAUACAAACAAAAAAUCGAAAAAUUAUUCCUUAGUAACAACUCAAAGGCUUGUUGGGCAGGACUAAAGCAAAUAACAGGAUAUACUCCUAAGCGAGAAUGCUUAUGUGUUGAGGACGUGAGGAAUUUUGUUAACGACUUAAAUGACUUUUAUUGUCGUUUUGACAGCCUGGACUUUUGAAAAGAACACAAUGAGAUAAUGAAUUCAUUUAAAGAUAGCAGUAGUAAACAGGAUGGUACUUAUUGUUCACCGAACAGGAAGUGAUGUCAUUAUUUAAACAAGUGGAUGCAGCCGAGGCCUCGGGACCAGACAAAUUAAGUGGUCGGCUCAUUAAACUCUGCUCAGAGCAGCUCUCUUACAUUUUUUGUUACAUAUUUAAUAAAUCUUAUGUAACUCACACAAUACCAGCAAUUUGGAAAACUUCAGAAAUCAUACCAAUUCCAAAGAAAAAUAAGGUAACCUGCAACAAUGACUUACAACCUGUUUUGAGAAAAUAAUUCUGAAAGAAAUUUUGAAUGAAGUACAGCAAAAACUUGACCCCCACCAAUUUGCUUACAAACCUGCCAGAAGCACAGAGGAUACAAUCUUACUAUUGUUGGAGAGACUAUUAUCAACUUGACAGUCCUAAAACAUAUGCUAGAGUGCUUUUCUUAGACUUUUCAUCAGCAUUUAACACUAUCCAACCACACCUUGUGAUGAAGAAACUUUCCUCAUUAGGUGUCAAUUUAAAUAUUCAGGCUUGGAUACUGAACUUUUUUACAAAUUGACCACAAUAUGUCAAAGUAAAUAACCAAUUAUCUCUAACCAGAGAAAUAAGCACCGGGGCACCACAAGGCUGCGUUCUCUCUCCUGUACUCUGUAUACACUAUAUACCAAUGAUAUUCAAAGCUCAAGCGACACCGUUCUAAUCUUAAAAUUUGCAGAUGAUACCACCUUUGUUGGCUUAAUAUCUGAUGAAGGCCUAUACCGCAAUUUAGUUACAAGCUUUAUCAAUUGGUGCGAUGAAAAUUUUCUCCAGCUGAAUGUCUCAAAAACAAAGGAAAUGGUUGUUGAUUUCAGGAGGGGGAAACGCCAUAUUACAGAUCUCAACAUAAAUAAUCAAAGUGUAGAGAAAGUGGAGACAUACAAGUAUUUAGGUGUCACCAUUAAUAAUAAGCUAACAUGGCAUGAGCACGACCAAAUGCUGUUUGAGAAAUUCAACUAAAGACUGUUCUAUCUCAAAAAACUGUACAAGUUCGGGGUAAACGGGCAAGUCGUUAACUUAUACUACAGUGCAACAAUUUGAAGCCUACUUAAUUUCAGUAUUACCUGCUGGUGUGGGAAUUCAACGUCUGAAUUUAAACACUGCAUAAACCGACUAAUCAAGAAAGCUAGGGACAUAAUACAAACUAGAAAUCCUCACUGGAAGAAGUAUUUGAAGAAAGAUGUUUUUGUAAAACUAAACACAUUUUGGAUGAUACAUCCCACCCUCUUCAUCACAAAUACUUAGGAUCAGGCCAUUCGGGACGAAUUCUUUCCGUUAAGGCGAGGACUGAAAGAUACAAAAAUUCUUUUGUUCCCCAAUCUGUACGAAUUUACCGGCGUGCUCACUCUGAGAACUAAGUGCCCGGAUUUGGCUAAGAGAACUCACUGAAUAGCUGUCUGAGAUAAUUUAUUAUAAAUGCCUUGUCUUCAAAUUGUUUUAUUUAUGUGCUGAAGAUGUAUAAUGCAAUCAAAAAACAUUUCCAUUUAUUUGGAUCAAUAAAAGAAUCUUAUCUUAUCUUAUAUUCACUUUAUCUUUUUUUUCAGUUGGCAAGCCGUACCAGUGUCUAAAGCCAACCUGUUACAAAUCUUUUAAAUAUAUCAGCAGUAUGAAGGUAGAGUAAAAAAGUUAUUCUGAAUUCAGCUUUUUUACAAACUUUUUUUGUGUGGGGGUUUGCUGUUGAAAAAUUUAAAUAAUUUAAAAUGUAAUUGCAUUUUAUCGUUAUUAAAUAACAACUUAUUGUUUAUAGUUUUGGAAUAAAAAAACCUUAGUAUAAUGAAGGGUCCUUGCAGCCAGUUAAAGUUUAUUAAAGUUGUUCUAUAAAUUGCAUUACAAUUUUCCAUAAUCUUUAGCAUUUUUUUGCAUCACGCUGAAUAGACCUUUUUAAAAUUGUUUUUGGUUAUUAAACAUUUGUAGACACAAACAUUUGUAGACACAAACAUUUGUGUGAAAAAUCUGCAAAACACAAAAUACUGUAAGCAAUUCCUUUACAAAAAAAGCCUGAAUGUCUCAAAUAACUUUCUCCACUGCUAAAUAUUAUAAGAAAUGAUCAUAGAUACUAUUUUCUUUGUAAUAGUUCAGUGCAUGUAGCUAUGCCUACUAAUGGUGAACCACAUGUGGAAACAGCAUCUGCAAACAAGCCUAAUUAUAUUCAACAUUUCCAGCGUCAUCUCCAGUUCCAUGAAGGGGAUUAUCCAUUUCCUUGUCUGUACCCAAAGUGCACCAAAGCUUUCAAAAAUAAGUAUGAGCUGAAAUGUCACAACAGGCUUCAUACAGGAGAAAGGCCGUACAAGUGUAAGGAGUCAGGUUGUGGGAAGUCCUUCAGGUUACCUUGUGAAUACACUAAGCACAGACGUGCACAUACAGGUCAGUGA